AUGCGGUUUUGCAAUACGUUAUUCAGAUUACUUUCAUCACCAUCAAUUUAUUCGAAUAACAGCUCGAGACUAAAUCGAACACUAAAAAAAUUGUCAAAGAUGGCUCAACAAACAGCUAAUCAAUCGAAUCUCAUCACAAUAGAUGGAUCCUACUUAGAAGGGGGUGGUCAAAUUCUUCGUAAUUCGACAGCAUUAAGUGUUCUACUCGAUAUUCCUAUUCGAGUUGAAAAGAUUCGUGCUGGUCGAGCGCAAGGUGGUCUACGACCUCAACACCUUACUGGUAUACAAUUGUUAGCUCAAUUGUCUGAGGCUAAACUUCACAAUGGGAAUAUCGGUGCUACUGAAAUAUAUUUCACGCCAAAAACUAUCAAAGGUGGCAAUUAUUUAGCUGAUACGAAAACGGCUGGAAGUGUUUGUCUAAUGAUGCAAACUGCAAUUCCAUGUUUGUUGUUCGCUAAUGGAUCAUCUCAGUUAAGAUUACUCGGUGGAACAAACGCAGACUUUGCACCAGAAAUAGAUUAUUAUUCAAUGGUUUUCCAACCGAUUGCUAAGCGAUUCAAUUUCGGUUUCGAUAUGAAUUUAGUUCGUCGAGGUUAUUAUCCAAGAGGUGGUGGCGAAGUUCGCAUAACCGUGAAUCCUGUUGAUCAACUAGUAGCUGCUGAUUUAACAGAUUUUGGACAGAUUAAACGAUUUUUUGGCCGAGCUUUCGUUUCUGGAACAUUACCUAAACGAAUUGCUCACGAAAUGGCUGAAGCUGCUAAAAACUUGAUACAUAAGCAAUAUGCCAAAGAGAUUUCUGUAGAAAUUGAAGUUGUCAAGGAGCCUGACAAUAUGGCUACCGGAUCGGCAACUGGUAUCAUAGUCGGAGCUGAAACAACAACAGGUUGUAUACUCGGAGCAAGCGCAUUGGGUAAACGAGAAGUGCCAGCACAUGAAGUUGGAACACAAGCAACACAAGACUUGCUAGAAGAUUUAUCAUCUCAAGCAUGUGUAGAUCGACAUUUACAGGAUCAAUUGAUUAUUAUUAUGGCCUUGGCAACCGGUCAUUCGAAAAUUCGCUCUGGUCCAUUGACAGAUCAUACGAAAACAGCGAUUGCUGUCGCUGAGCUAUUAACUAAAACUAAAUUUACAGUUACCGAAGUAUCAAACUCGGCAGCAACGAACACACAUAAUUCUGCGUUUAUCAUUGAGUGUGAUGGGAUAGGACAUCGACGAAUAGUACACAUGCCUGUCAAAGAAAUAAACGAUGGUGAUUUGAAAAAGGAGCUAGAAAAGGCCGGUGAUAAACUCGUGCUCAUCGAUUUCUUUGCUACAUGGUGUGGUCCUUGUAAAAAGGUCGCCCCGACCAUUGAGAAGCUAAGUGAAUCUCAUCCGAACGCUGUUUUUCUUAAAGUGGAUGUUGACCAAUGCGAAACUGAAGCUCGCCAAUAUGAGAUCAGUGCAAUGCCAACAUUUGUAUUCAUUCGUAGUUCAAAAGAAUUAGAACGUAUUCGUGGUGCUGAUGUAGAUGCGAUUGAGAAAACGCUCGCUAAACAUUACAAAGCAACAGCCGCAUUUGGAGGCGAAGGUCAUUCUAUGCUAGAAACCAGUACAGCAAGUGCGGCCGUAACGACUGAAACCGAUCGUGAACGUUUAGAAAAAGCAGCACAAGAACUUUUCGGCAAACCAAGUAAAGAACAAACGAUGACAACGCUUCGUCUUCGUUUGCCUGACAUAUCAACUCCUGUUAACAUACGAUUGAGCACAGAUCGAACAUUAAACGAAGUUCGUCAUUUGCUUUGCAAUACAAUAAGUUCGUUUGAAACGAAUCCGUUCGAAUUUAUGGAACCGCCCGCGAUGAAAAUUAAACCCGAAGAUGAAGCAAAGACAAUCAGUGAAGCAAAAUUAACGAAUGCAGUGUUAACAGUUAAAAAAAUUUCAGUAUAA